AUGCCCAUCGAGGCUAAAGACGGAGAUAUCGAUUCGCCUCAUUCGACGGUUGCAAGUUCCGAUCUCACUAUUGAUCCGAUUGCGGAAAAGCGCUUGCUGAGGAAGUUGGAUGCAUGGCUUUCCCCAAUGAUGAUUAUCGCCUUCUUGGUUGCCUACCUUGAUCGCAGCAAUAUCGGCAACGCAGCAAUUGCAGGCAUGACCGAAGACUUGAACUUGACCGGUAAUAGACUUAAUGUCGCCGUGACUGUUUUCUAUGUUACCUACAUCAUAUUCGAGAUCCCUGCAUCGUUGAUCCUUAAGAAAGCUCGACCAAGCCGCCUUAUCCCCUUCUUUAUUCUCUCCUGGAGCGCCACCGUUGUUGGUUCGGCCUUUGUAACCAACUAUGCAGGCCUGUUGGCCACUCGCCUCCUUAUCGGUGUCUUCGAAAGUGGUCUUUUCCCCUGUCUCACCCUUUAUCUCAGCACAUAUUACAAGAGAGAAGAACAAGCACGGAGAAUCUCUUACUUGUUCGUUGCUUCCGCCUUGUCUGGCGCCUUCGGUGGUCUUCUGGCUUAUGGCUUGACGAGCCUUCAUGGGGCUAGCGGCCUUGCUGGGUGGCGUUGGUUAUUCUUGAUCGAAGGGGUUAUCUCUCUGGCUGUUGGCUUGGCCUUCAUCCUUUUGCUGCCCGACAGCUUUGAGUCGGCAAAGUGGCUCACGGAAGAUGAAAAGGCUCUGAUGCGCAUCCGUGCAGAGCAAUCCAGGGUAUACCAGGGAGAGUCGGAGACGUUUGACAAGCAAGAGGUGAAGCUUGCUUUCAAGGACCCGAAAGUGUGGCUCUCGGCGGGGUGCCAGUUCUGUGCCAAUACGUGCUCUUUCGGCUUCGGAACAUUCUUGCCAGUCAUCAUCCGCGGUUUCGGAUACAGCAGUAUUAAGACACAGUUGCUUACCGUUCCUGUCUACCUCUGGGCCUCUGCAGUAUACCUUUUUAUUGCAUACUGCUCCGACAAGCUCAACAAGCGCGCCGUUUUUAUGGUUCCGAUGGCUCUGGUCACCGCCACAGGAUAUGCUCUCAUGCUGGGAGUGAGCAUGAAGUCAACAUCCGUUCUAUACUUUGCGACUUUCGUUACUGCAACAGGCAUCUACUGCGUCGUUGGUUUGAAUGUUACAUGGGUCAGCAACUCCAAUGCCGGUUAUUUCAAACGCGCAACAGCCAUCGGCCUGCAACAAGCUAUUGGAAACAGCGCGGGUAUCAUGGCGGGGCAGAUCUACCGCAUCACCACGUCGGAUGGGAGAUACACGAUCGGCCACGCGGUUUCCAUAUGCACCAUUACCAUCGCCUCAGUGGGUUAUUUUACUAUGUGGACUUGGUUGAACAGAAUCAACAACAAGAGGGACAAUAUGAGCAUUGAUGAGAGGUCGCGAGAAAUUGACCAGGGAAAGAAAGGUGACAGGCACCCCGAUUUCAGAUACACCCUGUAA